CUCUUCUCGUUGUUGCGCAACGAGAAGUGCGCAGCGUCUCAGUGUGUGCAGAAAGGUAGAAGUGCGUUCGUAACAUCAUGUAUCGUUGAAAAAAGUCUCAUUUUUUCGUUAGUUACGUUAUUUUUGCGAAAAUUACAUAAAAAAAGUCUCAUACGAAGAGCUUUAUUGUGAAAUAACUUAAUAACAACGAAACAACGACGGAUGACCGAAAACUUUUGGGAAACGUUACUUGGCUAACUCAAACAAAAUGGCGACUAUCCUUUUCUUGGCGGUACUGUUUACUUGACCAUGAACAUUAUGUUUCUUUCAAAGUGUGACAUUAAAGGUGUUGUGUAUUUAAUUUCUUUACUAUUAAUUAAUAUCAAUUUAAUUUGAUAUUCUUAAAAAAACGUGUAAUAUUUAUCAUCUUUAAAAUUUUUAUAAUUGUGUAUCAUAAAGCGUAGAAUAGAUAAUAACGCGACAAACGUGAACGACACGAUACUGUGUAUCGCAAUUUUUAAUUAUUUGUUAUUUUACUUUUUUCUUAAUUUUUCGUGAUUUCUUUGAUAUAUAUCUUAAAAAAUUUGUUGCAUUCAACUUAUUUUGAUGUCCUACCGGCUUAUACUGCACAGGAUCCAAAUUUAAUUUCCAUCUAACUAGGAACGCGGCUGAUUAAUUGGAAUUCUUGUUUAUUCCUUCUGAUACUCUCGAUGCUUGUUCGAAUGUUACUUCUCCCUUUGAAGGGCAUAUAUAAUCUUUCUUUCUUCUGGACACAAUUCAUUUGUGAGACAAUUGCGACGCAAUUGUUGUUUUUGAUAAGACAACUUCAUUGAAAGCAAAUACUGCAAUAUUAUCAUUAUUUAAAAAAAGAUGUCUAGCUCGUUCAUUAUUGAACCACAAGAGAGUGGAUCAGAAAAGAAAGAUGAUACAUUGAUUAUCAUUGUUAAUGAUGAUGGUACAAUAUCUGUUGAUCAAGAAACUUUGCAGAGUUUAAUCAUGAAUCAAUCCAAUGCAAAUGUUAGUGUUGUUAGAGUAGGACAAGCAGAAACAGAUACAGAAAAUGGAGAUAUCACAUUAACUGUUGAUCCUCCAAUGUUUACAUCUACUGCAAUAAAUUCUGGUACAUCCACUGAUACAAAUAGUUUGGUUGACCCUUUCAUGGAAAUGGAUCCAGAACAAUUGGAACGAUUAGAGACAGCUUUGCAAAGUGAAGAGGCAAAACAAAUUCUAGGAGAAAAUGUUACAGCAAUGCUUGAUAUGUUAACAGUAGAAGAACAACAAAAUUCUAUAAGGUAUAGUGUUAAAUUAGAUCAUUGCUACACAAGUAGGCUAUCUCCUUCUGAUCCAAAGCCAAGAGAUCCAUUGCCUGUUAUUGAUUCACCUACUUCUGAUGAUGGUUUACAAUAUGGGCGUCAACAUUCUCCUGCUCCUGGAACAUCCAAAAUAUCAUCGCCUAUUGGCGAUACUGAAAAUACAGUCACAAUAAAAUCAAAAGCUAUUGUAAAAACUGGUAAACCAGUUGGUCGACCACGAAAAAAUUUUCCUGCAACAUCUACUUCUCUUUCUAAUAAUUCAAAAUCGAUCAACAUAACAAGUACGCCUAAAUCUAUUGGACAUCCAAUUUCAAGAAAUUUAACAGGUGUAAUGCAACAAGGAAUUGGAAAAAAUCAAGGAAAAUCUAAUGAUGAGGAUGAUGAAGAGUUACUGUCAUCAACUGAAUCAUCAGAUUCAGAACCAUCUGAUAAUGAUUCAGAUUUUGGUCCAAGAGGUCCUAGAAGAGGUGGUGUAAGAGCUAGAGGUGGUAGAAAAGGACUUACUACUAGAGGAGGAAGUAUGGUAGCUACACGUAGAAGAGGUCCUAAUAAACAAAUGGAUAUGGAACAAGUUCGUCGAUUAGAUAUGGAAAUGGCUGCUGCUGUGAAUGCUAUGAAGAGUCCUGAGAAAGAUGAAAAGUCAGGUAUAAGAAGAGGAUUUGGUUUAGUUAGAGGUAAAAGACAGCUUAAAAAUACUAUUGCUCGGAAAAAAGAGGAAUCGCAACGUAUUGAAUCAUCUUCAAUAAUGAAUGAAGAUAUUUCAGUUAAUUUUGACAAACCAUUGCAAACGACGAAUCAAGUUAAAGCGAAUUUGAUUAAUGCUAAUAUGAUUAAAGGUGAUAUGAUUCUUACAAAACCUGGACAAGGAAGAACUAAUCAAAAAGUUACUUUUGUACAAAAGCAAGUGCUUAUGAAGCCAAAUGAUCUUAAAAAUAUUGACAUAAAGAAACAAAUGAUUCUUCCCAAAGGGAAAUAUUUGAAUCAAACUGGAACGAAAUUUUUUGCAACCAAAGAUGGUAAACUAGUUCAAAUACCUGUCGCUGCUAAAAAUAUAACAUCAAAUGUAUCAGUCACUCAAAUGAAAGGAACAAUACCGCAAGUAUCGUCAGCACAACAGUCUACAAUGAUACAGAAUCAAACAUCAAAUAUGCAACAUCAACAAUCAGCAAAAAUAACAUCACCUGGUACUAUUUCAAAAAUAAAAUCUUGUGAUCUGAAGAAAGAGAAAAGAAAACCUGAUGGUUCAGAAAUUCUUAUGAAAACAGAAAUAGAUUCUGGUAAAAUAUCAGAGAACAAGAUUUUUGAUGGCACGAAAAAACAUCCAAAAAAAGAAAAUCGCAAAUCGCCAGCAUAUAUGGUAGACAAUUUGGGUCCUGCAUUGUUUUCAACUCCAGAUAUUAUUCGUCGUGUUGGUUCGAAUAGUGAUUCGAAAGUUCAGGAAAAUGUAGUGACAUCAUUGAUCUCUACGACAUCCUCUACAGUUGUUUCUUCUGGAAGUGGAAAUUCUCUUACUCAUUUAUCAUCAACACCUUCAUCAUCAACAUCGUCUAUAACAUCAAAUCGUGCCAGUACUGUUUCUACGUCUUCCGACCGAAUUAUAAAUUCUGAAACUUCAAUUACCAUAGAAAAACGAGAAAAUGGUGAUUGUUUGGUACAAAAUCACGAAGUGGAAUCUAAAUCAAGUAUAAAAUCUAAUGUUUCAGAAGAAUUACAACCAAGCUUGGAUUCGGGUGGUAUAGAAGGUGAAGAACAUUUACUAGCUACGUUGGAAAUGGAAGCUAGUAAACAUGAAGAAGAAUUAUUAGCUGAAGCAUUAUUAUUACAAGAAGAACUUGGAGUUGACUUAGCUGAACAUGCUACACUUGUUGAACAAGGAGGAAAUGUUGUGCCUGAACCAUUGACGUCAAAUAAUAUGCUUAUUCCUUCUUUGAUUACAUCUGAACAAGAAGGUACUAAGCCGUUAGAUGCUUCUACGGCAAUAAUUGUAACAUCAACUAUGUCGAGCACAACGGUAGCUGGAGUAACAACUAGUGCAAAUAUAAACACAUCUAAAGAAACAGGAAAAAAGUCAGCAAAAGAUGAUAAAGAACCCAUUCAAAUUAUUCGUGGUGGUCGAGUAAUUACAUUACCUCCUAUCGAAGCACCAGCUACUAGGAGCAGACGAUUACAAGUUAAAACAGAAUCUAUUCAAAAAACAUUUGAACCCGUUAAACGAACAGAAAAACUUGGUUACAGUGUACAAACAAUGCAACAAAGGAUGUCGCAAUCUGUAAAACAUGAAAUUCGUACAAAUAUAGAUCAAGAUGAAAAAAGUCAAAAUGAAAUUCGAGAUGAAGAUGAUGUAGAAGAAGAAGGUGAAGAAGAAGAGGAUGAAGAGGAAGAAGAUUUGGAAGAAAAAGAUCCAAAACAAAUUGGGGAAGAAGAUGAAGAAGAAGAGGAAGAAGAAGAAGAAGAUAAUUCGGAUUCAGAAGAUGAUCCCGAUAGACUUUGGUGUAUAUGCAAACGACCGCAUAAUAAUCGUUUUAUGAUUUGUUGCGAUGUAUGUGAAGAUUGGUUUCACGGAAAGUGCGUACAUGUUAGCAAAGCAAUGGGACAACAAAUGGAGGAAAAAGGAAUAGAAUGGGUUUGUCCAAACUGUGCUAAAAAAAAGGACGAAGAAAUAAAAACAAAACUGAAUACUCAAAAUGCUUCAGGAAAGCAACGGAUUCAAUCUGAUAAUAUAUUUGAUAAUCCAAAAAGUCUUACUUCUGUUAAUCAAACUUCAUUUAGUGAAGAAAUAUCACCUUUAAUACGUUCUAAUUGUGACUAUGGUAGUGUUCAAUAUUCUAGUGGUAUGCAAUGUGUUGUUUGUAAAAAAGAAGCAAGAAACUCCAGCAUUUAUUGUUCUGAUGCAUGUAUACUUGCGCAUGCUCAAGAAACAUUGACCAAAGACAAACCAAUACCAGGAUCAACCACUAGCCCGAAAGGAACAAGAUUGUCACCUUUUGAUUCUGCCUCAAAGCCGAAAUCUGAUACACGAGUUAUUGUCUUUGAGAGAAAAUCUGGAACAGUAUUAACUGGUUCGGAUGCUCCAACAAGAUCAAAUUUACGUUUAUGGUUAAAAGAACAUCCUACAUUUGAAGUAGUUGGGACAAAUAAUCUUGGUACUUUACAAAUAGGGAAAACGAUCACAACUAUUCAAAAUACGCAAAUACCCGUUAAAACAGGAAAGUCUGCAUUAUUAUCACCUGGAAAAGGACAAAAUCUUCCAAAAAUGACGUAUACAAAAGUACAAGGAUCUAAGCAAAUGAUUUUAACAACAGGAGGUAAAAAAAUUACAGUCAUUUCCGGUGGACAACAGCCGCAAGUACAACAAAUUCAACCAACAAGUACAAAAUCAAUACAAAUUAAACAAACGUUAUUACCAGCAUCAAAUAAAAACUCUUUAUUAUUGAAAACUACAACGACAAAAUUGAUUACUCAACCACAAUCUAAACAACCAAAUGCUGUAUCACCAAAGCAAACACCAAAUGUAAAGAAACAGGAAUCAAAACAGACAAUUUUACAAUCAAAACAGCAACAAAUCAAGCCUAGUCCGCCAAAGAAACCUGAAACUGAACCUAUAAGAUUAAAUAUACGAAAAACUUUGACAGAAUUAUUGUCUAGCCGCAUAAAAGAAACUGAAGAUUUAAAACUUACUGAUGAAGAAAUAGCAGAUUUAGCUUACAAUAUUGAACUAGAGUUGUAUAAAUAUUUUAAAGAUACAGGAGCAAAAUAUAAAGCUAAAUACAGAAGUCUCGUAUUUAAUAUAAAAGAUACAAAGAAUUUGACAUUAUUUAGAAAAAUUGCUGAUAGAUCAUUAACGCCAGAUGCUGUUGUAAGAUUAAGUCCUGAUGAAAUGGCAAGUCAAGAAUUGGCCGAAUGGCGAGAAAAAGAAACAAAGCAUCAGUUAGAAAUGAUUAAAAAGAACGAGUUAGAUCUAAUGGCUCAAGCUAAGUCUAUUGUUGUUAAAACGCAUAAAGGUGAACAAAUAAUUGAAAAUGAUGGUAGUAUUGAUCACGUUGAUCCAAAAACUCCUGUACAAGAUAUUGUAACUGCACUAAAUAGUGCUGAUAGUAUAACUUCAACUGUGGAUGAUAUGGAAAAAGAUCUAGAAAGAUCAAAUGAUGAAGAAAAAUUAAAAACUAAAGAAGAUAUGAAAAGAUUAAGGAGUUUUGAUGAUAAGAGAAAAAAGGAUAAGGAAAAAGAUAAAGAUAGAGGCAGAGAGAAAGAAAAGGAAAGAGAUAAAGAAAGAAGGGGAAGAGAGAAGGAGAGUAAUCGUUCGAAGGCUACGAACGAUAGACGUGGUAGAAGUAUUAGCAGAAGUAGACAUAAACAUAGUAGAGAUGACAGAGAACGCAGUAAAACUAGAGAAAAGAGUAGAGAAAGAAAAUCUCGAGAUAAAGAAAGUAAACGUGAACGAGAAAAAGAUCGCGAUAAAGAAAAAGAACGGGAUCGAGAUAGAGAUCGUGAACGAUCCAGAACCAGAGAUCGAGAAAAAUCAAAACUUCGUUCGGAAAAAAAUAAUAGAGAAAAAACUAAACAAAAGGAAAAAGAUAGGGAGAGAGAAAAAGAAAAAGAACGACAUAGAAAUAAUGAAAAUAAUUCAAGAAAUCGUAAUAGUAGUUUCAUUCAUUGUGAUUUAAAAGAUGUCGAUAAAAAAGACGACGAAAGGAAGAGAGAGAUGGAAAAAGAAGAAUUAUCAGGAUUAACAGGAACAUCAUCUGAAAAAUCAAUUGAAGAUCGGCUUUGGCGGCAUAUUGAAGACGAAGCAACAACUAACACCAUUGAUGGAAAUGAUUCUGAUCUAUCGGAUAGAGAACCAUCUUCAACAGUUACGAUUAAAACACCGGAUAUAAAUGAUGAAAUUGAUAGAGAAAGAGAACAAGAAUCAACUAUCAUUGAAAGUGAAACUCCGAAAGGAGGAUGGCAAACAGUUUGGAGAGGUUUCGUUAAUAUGGUGGAUGUAGCAAAGUUCUUUAUUACCGCGCAAGAAGUCAGUGGUCAUGCAAAAGAUUUGAUGGAUGACUUGCCAGAUACAGUUGAUGUUGUUGGUAGAAUAAGUCAUGAAACUGUGUGGGAUUAUAUUUCAAAAAUGAAAAAAACUGGCUCGAAAGAAAUUCUAGUGAUUCGACUUACUGCAGCGAAUGAUGAAGAAAAGAUUCCAUACAUAACUCUGUAUAGUUAUUUAAAUAGUAGAAGUCGACUUGGAGUAGUUGGAAAUGUUUCUAAAAAUAUAAAGGAUUUUUAUAUAAUGCCAUUUUCAAGUCAAAGUACAAUACCUCAAGUUCUGUUACCUUUAAACGGUCCUGGUUUCGAAGAACACAGACCGCAUCUUCUUUUAGGAAUCAUUGUUCGUAAUAAAAGAAAACGCCUUGCCGGUAUAACUUCGAGUGUUCCAAUGAAAUUAUCGAAAAAAGACACUGAUCGAAGCUAUACGCCACCAUUAGUAAGUGCUUCAAAAGAUAAACCUAAUAGUACCAAUACAACGAUUGCAGCUUCUGUUGCUUCUACGGCAACACCAACGAUCCCAGUGUCUUCAUCUCCUUCAGCAACCGGAACAAGUACAUAUCAUAAAACAAUUGGAAGUGUUAGUACGACAGAAUCCACAAAAGAAAAACAACAUUCUGUCACACAAAUAACUCUUGACAAUUUGAAUAGAGCACAUAUAGGAAUGUCGAGGAGUACGUUACUCGAUACCGCAACAAUAUGUAAAAUAGUUCCCGAAUUAUCUUCAAAGAUCGAUCUUACUUCUUCACCUGGUAAAGUACCUCUUGAGGAUGAUGGUGAUGAACCGUAUAGUCCCGGCCAGAUGGAUGAAGAAGAGGUUGAUCUUGAUAUACGAACUUCUUCAACAUCGGCAUCAACAGCUACAGUACCUUCGAUAUCUGGUUCAAUGGUUAUUGAUAAUACCCCACUUGAUAAUAGCAUAAUUUCUUCUAGUAAAAAUUCUACCGAUCUUCAACGAAAAAUGGAAGAAUUAAAUAGACAAAUCGAAGAGCAGAAGCAACAAAUACAGAGUAUUAGUUCGUCGUUUCUUGGUGAAUCAACAUCUACUUUGCCGGGUUUAGGGCUGGACCCACCGGCCAGUGAUGAGUGUGAAGAAGCUUACAGUCCGUCAGAUACAAGAUCGUUUACACCACCACCACCGCCCGGUAUUUCAAAAUUUACUCAACCAAUUCUUGACAAAGUUUCAAACAUAACGAUACCACCAAAUUUGCAAGAAAUCUUAGCAAAUGUUAAACGACAAGAAAGUUCAAAAAUAGACCCAUAUUUACCAUCCAAACCCAGUGCUACAUUCUUAACUACUGCAAAUUCUUCAAUUUAUCAAAAUUCAGAAAAAUAUUCUUCACCGCCUUCUAUGAAACUCUCAGUUGGAGGAUCAAAUAAAUCCAAUGCUGAUAAAUCCUCACUUGAACCAUCAUCUAGUCAUCGAGAAUCAAUUUUAAAGGAAAAAGAAAGUAAAAGCACUUUAAGUUCAUUAAGUGAUUUGGAUUUAAUCAGAAAAGCAGAAGAAGAAUUAGCGGCCGUUGCAGCUGCAUCAGCUGUGGUAGCAUCAGGAACAAUGAUGACUGAAAAUUCUGUUCCAUCAACUUUAUCUACAACACCAACUGUUCCAACAAUCAUUUCCUCUCCAUCAUUAAUACCAGUAUCUGUAAAUCUUUCAAGUUCGACAACAGAUUCUCCCACUCACGAAGGAACUUCUUAUAAAAAUCCCUUUCCAGAAACUUUUAAACGAAAUAUAGCUCCUGAACAGCCGAAACCUCCGGGUCUCGAAGAUGAGGAUUUUCCUCCGUUCCCGUCUACGCCACCAAGUGUGGAAAACAAUGUAUCUAAAACAAUGUCUUCUCGUUCAAAGUUUGUUCCAAAAAGUGGAAUUGUGUUAAGCGUUAAAAGAAAAGUUAAUGAUGAUAGUAUUGCUCCUUGUACUCCAAACAAGACACAAAGGGUAAAAUCAAGAUGGGGUCAAGGUCCUUCCGAAUCGAUUGAUUAAUUGUAUUUAUACAUUUACAUACAGGAAGAAAUUUUUUGCAAUG